AUGCCAGAAGAACAAACUACAAUGGCAGUUGAUGAACUUCAAGCCAUAAUACAAAGAUGUCAAAUUCUGGAAGAAGCUGACUUCAAAGGAGAAGAUUUUAAUCUGUUUCAAGUAGCCGGUCAGAAAUGUUUAGAAGAUGGGUAUGCAGCUCAGUUAUUAGAAGUAAUUCAAAAUGAGAAAAAUAAGGUUAUCAUCAAGAAUAUGGGUUGGAAUCUCAUCUCUCCCCUGGUUAGAUGUAUUUUCAUGUAUAAAAAGGAAGAUGAUAAGCGAGAACACUGCUUGAAAAUACUAGAGCAGUUGGCACAGCUAUGCAAUCCAAAGGAACUUUUUUUGGGUUUACUUGAGCAGAUUGAGCAGACCUCUGGAGAGCGAGUGUGCCAAACUGUCAUGUUAUUGCUUCAGCCUUUGCAGACGGUGCUUUUGAAACUUCAGAACAAGAAGGCCUACUCAGUGGGUUUAUCUUUGGCCAUGAUUAUGAAUCAGCUUACUCCUUUACCUGUACCGUAUACAAAACAACAAAUACAAGAAGAUAAUCUUGGACUCUGUCAAUGCUGUAAUGCAGUGGUGGACUUCACUAAACCUUUUGUGAAUGAAGUUGUUAAAAACAUGGAAAAGUCAACAGAAUAUAAUGACACGGAGCUGAAAGAAGAAUUAUUAAAAUUCUGUAUGAAAAGCCUGAAAUACCCAUUAUUGACAGCUCAGCUUGAAGAACUUGAAGGCAUUGAUGAACAUCCCUUUCGGCAUUUUGCAGCUGAAAUUAUAGACAUUUUGUGGGAUAUAAGAGAACUGAUACCAUUGGUGUUUUUACAUCGUAAAAGCAAAAAUCCAGAAUGGGAGAAUCAGGAGUUUGCAGACAUAGAGCAAAAGAAUUCUGCUGAUUCUUUGGCAUGCCUGUCAUAUCUGAUGGUUGUUCAGCAUCUUGGUAUUGAUUGUUUUCCAGUGGUAUUUAGUCCAUCGUACCUUCUGCAAUGCAAUAUGACGAAUAUUGAAGUGCUACUGAAAAGAACAGAAGAAUCUAUUUUAUCUAAAGGACUUGAUCUGUUUGAGAGCUGUUUAUUGAGAAUGGAAGAUAAUAGCCUUCUCCAUCAGUAUUUGGAAUUCAGAGAUUUUAUUAAUGUACCUCAGGAUUUGGUGAAAGUUAUGACCCUUUGUCCCAUAGAGCAUCUGAGAAAGAAGAGUUUAAAUAUUUUGCAGUUGUACAUAAAUAAGUUUGACACAGAGGGAAAAUACACCUUAUUCAGGUGUUUACUGAAGACAAGCAACCAUGCUGGUGUGGAAGGAUACGUUAUUAAAAAUAUAAAAGAUCAGAUUCACUUAUCAUUAACGAAGGCAUGUGACAACACUUGGUUUACAGGACAUCACUUGAUCUCCCUUCUAGAUUUAGUGCUUUUGCUUCCAGAAGGUGCUGAGACGGAUCUUCUGCAACACUCCGAUAGGAUUAUGGCGUCACUGAAUCUACUGAGAUACUUAGUCAUUAAGGAUUGUGAAAGUGAUAAUCAGACUGGGGUAUGGACCAUGAUUCCCAGGAUUGAGCAAAAUUUUUUAAAGCCGCUGCAUGUAGGACUCAAUAUGUCAAAAGCACACUAUGAAGCAGAAAUAAAGAAUAAGAAAGAGAACAAAAAAGAGGCGCAGAGUCCUAACACAGUUUGUUCUGUAACUGUUAGUGGGGAAAAGAUGCCUGCCAUGACUACUGAAAUGCAGCUACAGGUUUUACACUCGGCUCUCUUCACCUUUGAUUUAAUAGAAAGUGUUCUGGCUCGAGUAGAAGAACUUAUUGAAGUGAAAAUAAAAGCUGUAAUGGAUGAAAAUAGUUAG